GAAUUCUGUCACCCUUCUAUUGCUGUACUGCACACAACUUGCCUUUCUCUUCCACUUCACUCAUGUAACUGAAAGUAUCAUUAUGGGUUUCAAGACUGUUAGUAACAAGAUGAGAGAGGAGAUUAUCUGCAACUUAAUUGAACGAACGGUGAUGCAGCGCAGCCUGGCUGAUGGUGACAUCUUUCAUACAACACGUUAGUAAAGUACUUGUUAAUUUUUUUGUAAUGCAUGAAGAGUGUCAUAACUAUAAAGGCAAAGUUAGUACUUAAAACUCCUCUCUUACGCAAUAAUAUAAUUGUUCACAAAUAUAAAGAAAAGAAUAUGGAGAAAAACAGAUAAGGAAAGUUAUUAUUAUUAUUUUUUAGCGAAAAGGUAAGUUCAUAUGGCUAUACCUUUUAGAGGCCAGAGUAAUAGAUACUUGCAUAACAUCUACAAUUAAUGACGACAAAUUUUUACAUUUGAGAUUGCAAAUAACAAAAUCCCACCCAAAAAAUUUGCACUUUUCAAGUAGAUUACCAUUCGUUUAUUUACAGUAAAAAGUACUAUAAUAUGGUUACUACCUAAAACUAAACAUUUCUUAUAUUUUUAUAUGAUAUUAGGCAAUACGGUAUUUAAGAUGGAGAAAAUGAAAUCUCUGAUGAACACCUACUGGAUGCUGUGUGACGCCGUACACCAGGCUAAUGACUUCUACUGCGAUCAGCUGAUGGCCAUCAUGUUCUCCUUAUUUGUUCAAGUCACUAUCAAGUCCUACUUCUUCUUCUUGCACGUCAGAGCUGGUUACAUGGUCGGCAUGACUAUGGAUGCAGUAUGGGUCCUGGUUCUCAUCUGCUAUGCGAUUUUGGUUGCGAACUCAAGCACGCAUAUCACUUACUCGGCUGACAAUACUGCGGUGAUGAUUUGCAAGUUGAUAAACAAAGAUCUGGAUCCGAGUUUUAGGAAACAGCUUGAAGGGUUCCUACUGCAGUUGCCUCACCACAACGCAAGAUUCUCUGCUCGUGGAUUUUUCCAGAUCCAUAAUGAGACCCUCACAUCAAUGGCUGGAGCGGUGACAACCUACCUGGUGAUACUGAUCCAGUUCCAGACUGAGAAGUAAUCCACCUAUACUAGUCAACUCGAGAGAAACAUUCAUUUUGAAAAAACUAAAUGUGUAAUUCUUAAUAUGUAGAUUCUUACUAGUCAUAUUUGUAGUAUAAUCCAGAAACUACAAAUUCUAUCCCAAUAUAGUACACCUGUAAAGUAAACUAAUCUUACAGCACAUUUAAAGCAGUAGAUCUUGUUUUAUUAUUAUUUUUGAAAUUAUUAAACUUAAACCAUAAUCUUUGAUCUGAAACAUACUAUUUGUAUUAUAUAAUUAGAGGCCUAUUAUCACAAAACCUAAUCAAAAUAACAAUACAGUAUUUUUAGUUUCCUUCAGUUAUUGUUUGCAUUAAACUACUACGAAUUAUGUUUAUAAUCAUAUAUACCUCUCAUUUUUCUGUUGUUUUACUUAUUGAUUCGAUUUUUCUUGUUGUUGCGAUCGCCAAAAGAUCUUCCCAACAACAAACAAUUCUAUUAAUUAGCCUUUCAGUUGGUAGUGGAAUUUUUCUAAAUACGUUUGGGAUGGAGAGAAUUUUAAUUAAUUUUCUCUUGGUACACAUCCUCAGAAACAUCAGUCAAGUCAACAUAAGUUCUGAAGAGAACCCCUUUUGCUGAUAUCCCUAAACAUCCCCUUUUAUACUUCCGUCAUUAGUUAUUCAGAUUUACUUUUUAUAAUGUUCAAAAUAAAAAUCUUUAUUUCAAUCCAAAAGUGAUCUUUACAACUUGCUCAUAAAAUAUAGUUUUAUAUUUUUGUCUAUGCUUCAAUUUUUAUUUAACAUAUUAACUGCCCCUUUCCUUUUUUAUUUUUAAAUUGUAUUUUUAAUAUUUCUGUGAUGUACUGUUAAUAUUACGUAUAGCAUUAAAUUGCACAAAUGAUAUCCUUCAAAUAUGUACAGGUCUACAAGGUGCCUAUUUUAUUUCACAAUAAUUAUUUCAUAUAUGUGUUAUUCAUUUAGCUUAUCGUAACUUAUAACGAUCACUUAUACCAUUAUUAUUUUCAUAGUAAUAAAAAUAUACGUUUGUGAUUGCUGA